UGGGAACAGUGGUAUGAUUUCUAUAGAGGGUGUUUCUUCUCUUACAGGUAUAAACAAAAAGGCCAGUUGGUCUAACGUUGUGUAUCUUUUUCUUAUAAGCCACUUCAGGUCUGUGAUUGGUGCUGCUUCUGCAACAAAAGCUUAGACUCACCACAUCUUGGGGAGAGAAUGGCCAUUUCCUGGGGUGCAGCCUCCUUCAUGCUGGUGGCAUCCUGUGUUUGCAGCACUGUCUUCCACAGAGACCAGCAGACUUGGUUUGAGGGUGUCUUCCUGUCUUCCAUGUGCCCCAUCAAUGUCAGUGCCAGCACCUUGUAUGGAAUUAUGUUUGAUGCGGGGAGCACAGGAACUCGAAUUCAUGUUUACACCUUUGUGCAGAAAAUACCAGGAGAGCUUCCAAUUCUGGAAGGGGAGAUUUUUGAUUCUGUUAAGCCAGGACUUUCUGCUUUUGUAGAUCAGCCUAAGCUGGCUGCCGAGACUGUUCAAGGACUCUUAGAGGUGGCCAAAGACUCAGUCCCCCGAAGUCACUGGAAAAGGACCCCAGUGGUCCUGAAGGCAACAGCAGGACUGCGCUUACUGCCAGAACACAAAGCCCAGGCUCUGCUCUUUGAGGUAAGGGAAAUCUUCAAGAAGUCACCUUUCCUGGUACCAGAUGACAGUGUUAGCAUCAUGGACGGAUCCUAUGAAGGCAUAUUAGCUUGGGUUACUGUGAAUUUUCUGACAGGUCAGCUGCAUGGCCACAGCCAGGAGACUGUGGGGACCCUGGACCUUGGGGGGGCCUCCACCCAAAUCACUUUCCUGCCCCGGUUUGAGAAAACCCUGGAACAAACCCCACAAGGCUACCUCACUUCCUUUGAGAUGUUUAACAGCACUUAUAAGCUCUAUACACAUAGUUACUUGGGAUUUGGAUUGAAAGCUGCAAGACUAGCAACCCUGGGAGCCCUGGAAACAGAAGGGAUUGAUGGACAGACCUUCCGAAGUGCUUGUCUACCGAGAUGGUUGGAAGCAGAAUGGAUUUUUGGUGGCGUGAAAUACCAGUAUGGUGGCAACCAAGAAGGGGAGAUGGGCUUUGAGCCCUGCUAUGCUGAAGUGCAGAGGGUGGUACAAGGAAGACUUCACCAGCCAGAUGAGGUCCAGAGAAGCUCCUUCUAUGCUUUCUCUUACUACUAUGAUCGAGCUGUUGACACAGACAUGAUUGACUAUGAAAAAGGGGGCGUUUUAAAAGUUGAAGAUUUUGAAAAAAAAGCCAGGGAAGUGUGUGAUAACUUAGAAAACUUCACCUCAGGGAGUCCUUUCCUGUGCAUGGAUCUCAGUUACAUCACGGCCUUGUUAAAGGAUGGCUUUGGCUUUGCAGACAGCACCAUCUUACAGCUCACAAAGAAAGUGAACAACAUAGAGACAGGCUGGGCCCUGGGGGCUACCUUUCACCUGUUGCAGUCUCUGGACAUCGCCCACUGAGGCUGAGCACUUCUGAGGACUGUACUCACCAAAGACCUUUUUAAGGGGAGGAGGAGGACUCAGCCAUGUUCUGAGCUAGUCUGGGGACAAGCCUGGACUGAAGCCCAGUCACUAGCUCCAUCAGGAGGAAGGGCUUUUGUAGAGGGGUCUUGCCCUUAAGCCUAGAGAUUUGGGUUUAAUUAAUUUUACACAUCCAAUGUGAACUGUUUCCUAACCACUCUGAGUGCACAGCUAGUACCAGAGUCUAAAUCUUUGAGAUUCUUUGGGUGUCAUAUAGAGAGCCCUGUGAGCCAAAAAGCAUGGUUGUAGAACCUGACCUUGGAGUGAGAGCCCAGGGACAGGUCCUUGGGAACCAAAGAAAAAUCUCAUUUCAACCCUUUGAGUGCCUCAUUCCUUUGAACAUUUUAAUUUUCCUCUUACAUGCUAAAUUAAGCUGACUGAUUGCAAUCCUGUGACCUAUCAAUACCAGUAUUUUUUUCUUCCCCACA